CAACGCAUUAUAUUCCACGAAACCACAACAAAAUGAUCGCUAAGUUCGUUGCCGUUCUCUGCCUAUUUGGCCUGACCCGCGCCAGCGGCUGGCAUGGAAGUGGCCUGGGCUACGCAUCAGGUUUAGGCUACGGCUCAGACAUCGGUUACGGAUCAGGACACGGCUACGGUGGCUACGCUAGCUACGUGGCCCCAGCGUACACUGCUCCAGUGGUGGCUAAGACUAUAGUAGCAGCUCCCGUUAUUAAGGCAGUCGUUCCUGCAGUAUCAUACGCCCCAGCGAUCUCUACUGUCUCUCGCUACCAAGUACAUUCAUCACCUAUUGUAAAGUCUUAUGUAGCCCCAGUUUCUUAUGCAGCAUAUGCGCCUUACACCGUGUCAUACGGCCAUGGUUACGGAGGUCAUGACUACAGCGGUCUUGGGUACGGUAGCCACGGCUACAGCUCGGGCCAUGGCUACGGAUCUGGUUACGCUUACGGUUCCAGCUACGGUUCCGGCUACGGUCACGGCUCUAAAUACCUCUGCCCAAAGCCGAUCGCAGCAGUCGCUAUCUGCCUCUUCGGCUUGGCCCAUGCAGGAGCCCUUUACAACAGCGGCUACUCUGGCCAUGGAGGCUAUGGCGGCUAUGGAGGCUACGGCGCCGGCUAUGGUAGCGGCUAUGGAUACGGCAGCGGCUACGGUUACGGUGGUUUAGGCCCAGCUACCUCAUACACAUCAGUAACCAAAGUGGUCCCUGAUACCGGAGCUCAUGGUGGCUACUACGGCGGCCAAGGUGGAUACUCUGGCGCUCUUGGUGGAUACAGUGGUCUCGGGUACGGCGCUCAUGGUUAUAACAACCUGGGUUAUGGAGCUCAUGGUUACAACAACCUCGGCUAUGGCGCUCAUGGUUACAAUGGUCUUGGCGAUGCUGUAUCCUCAGUGUCUGUUUACAAAGAGCAUUCUCCCAGCUACGCUGGUGCGUAUGGCGGUUAUGGUGGAUACGGAUAUGGUGGUUACGGCCAAGCCGGUUACGGUAGCGGUCUUUACGGAAACAAACUUGGAUGGUAAUCCAACAAAAUUUGUAAUAAAUCUGUGUAAAUAAAAUGAAACUGAACUUUGGAAUGGAAAGCUGUACACUGCCAGUGUCUGUAAACAAUUGAUUUGUACUAUUAAAAAGCAAACAUGCAAAUGUAUAUAAUAACUUGAAAAUAUCAAUGAAAAUAAAGAACUGACCAUCUGCAUCAAUUGUUGUUUCAUUCU